GAAGCCCUGUCCCCAGGAAUUUUGGUGAAUGCGAUAUUCUCUCUCAUUAAAAUUGUAAUGCAACGCAAUCUGAUCUGGUAACAAUGAAGGUCCUCAUCCUUGCUUGCCUGGUGGCUCUUGCUCUUGCAAAGGAGAAGGAAGAACUUAGCGUAUCUAGUGAGACUGCAGAAAUUCUUUCAAGCAGUGAGGAAUCCAUUACACAAGUCAACAAGCAGAAACUUGAGAAGGUUAAACAUGAUAAACAACAAAGAGAGGAGGAAUUCCAGGAUAAAAUCCACCCCUUUAUCCAGCCACAGCCUCUAAUCUAUCCUUUUGCUAAGCCCCUCUCUUACCCUGUCCUUCAACAAAACAUCCUGCCUCUUGCUCAGCCUGCUAUGAUGCUGCCUUUCCUUCAGCCUGAAAUGAUGGGAGCCCCCAAAGAUAAAGACAGCAUCCCCCUUAAACACAAAGUUAUGCCCAUCCUUAAAUCUCCAACAGUGCCCUUUCCUGGCAGUCAAAUCCUGACUCUGAAUGGUCGUGAACGUCUGUACCUUCCUCAACCUCUGCUCCAGCCCUUUAUCCAGCAGCAACAACCUCAGCCUUUUCCUCAGAGUUCUGUGAUGCCUUCUUGGCUCCAGCUGUCUCUCCCACAGCCCCAAAUCCUGCCUGUUCCCCAGCAAAUGAUGCCCUAUCCCCAGAGAGAGAUGCCUGUCCAAGCCUUUCUGCUGUACCAAGAGCCUGUACUUGACCCUACCGAGGAGUUCUCUAUGACUCAGCAACUUGCCCAAGUUUACAACCCCAUUACUAUUGCUGAACCACUUACACCAAAGCAGCUGCAGCUACUUCAUAAUCAGAAUGAGCUGGGUUAUGUGGUUUCAAUCACUGAUGCCUAA